AAACAGGCACCCGCUGGGCUCCACCGAAUGGAUCCGCUUCCCCGCCCAGCGGGCCGGGCAACGAAGGCGACAAAAAAAUGGCAACGUGGACGCGCAGCGGCGCACAAACCCGCGGCGCAGCAUUCCGCUAUGGCGGGCCCAAAGCCACCGCGGGCACCCCGCGGAGGCGCACGGCGCACUCGCAGCAGUCGGCGCGCCGCGGCAUCCAUCGCGAGGGAUGCCGUCGGGUCCCGCAACGCGGCCCACGGCCGGGGUCGGGCCGCAGUGGGCAAACGCGUUCCCCCAUCCAACGCGCGGGCGUCCUCCACGCAACGACCCCAAUGGGGCCCCCACGCCGGGCGGAGCUCAAGCGAAGAGGCAGCUGGGCCGCCGCCCCUGCGAGCGUGACGGCCGUGCUGCGGCGAGCCUCCCUGCAAGGCCCGCUUGCAAUCGUACGCUCGGCAAUUGCCCUUUGCGCCGCCCUUGAGGCAACAAAAUGA